AUGAAAUAUUUUUAUAACUUUAGUUAUUCUAAAUUAAUUGGAAGAUUCAAUUAUGAUGCUAUUAGUAAAUUUAUUGAUAAAUAAUAUAAGGGAUAAUCUAGGAAUAUCUGUAUAAACUCUAUUUAAAUUAUAGAAAAAAACUGCGAAGAGAUAUUCUAAAAAAAGAAAAGAAGCAAGUUAAUAAUCUAGAUUGUCAGAUUUAGAUGAAGAUGAAGAUAUAUUGUAAGAAAUUUAGGAAUAGGAAAAAUAACAAAGAGAGAAAUGGAAAAAGAAUUAAAAAAAGAUAAGAAAAAAAAAAUAAAAAAUCCAAAGAUCAUAUAUGA